ACUGUGGUUUGAUCAUGAGGAGCACUAUCUCGUUCCAAGAUGGAAAUUGGUAGAAAAUAGUUCUGAAACACGGAGAAGUAAUGUGGUUAAAGGUCAAGGAUAAAUUUGAAGUUUGCAGCGCGUUGCGAGAGCAUAGGUUUCAGGCCUUUGUAAUUAGCACUAUGCAAAGGCUUUUUAGAGCAUGGAAAGCUCGACUCAGCAUUCUGUACUCUAAGUACAGUACUAAUGAAGAAAGAUUGUCUCAUCGACCUGAAGAUGUUGAGCUUGAGGACUGGAAAUACCUAAUACAAUAUUUUGGAAGUCCGGAAUUUAAGGUUGUAAGUGAGAGGAACAAAAGAAAUAGAGAAAAGCAAAUAACUAAGCAUACUUGUGGUACAAAGUCUUUUGCAGAAAUAGAGGAAUCUACGAGAAAUCCUAUUACUGGAGAAUUGGACACACCAGAUAAAGUUUGGGAGAAACAACAUACACGCAAGAAUGAUAGAGGCGAACUGGUGUGGUUGGAUUCACAAUCCCAACAAAUUCAUAGUCAACUCCAGGAAGUUGUCGCUCAGUAA